AUGAACCGAGACAAACGAGAACCGGAGUAUCCUACGGAGUUAGAGACUCAGUUUAUUUUAAGGCUACCAGAAGAACCAGCUAAAGUUCUCCGAGAAGUACUGAAAUCUGGGGAGAACCUGAAAAACCGACUGACGAUACAGAUAGAAAACGACAUGCGACAAGGCGAGGUACGGUUCGACCAUUGGUUAAUGCACGCCAAGAUCUUCGACCUCCCCACCAUCAUAGAGUCAUUAAAAACAAUUGACAAUAAAAGCUUUUAUAAGACAGCCGACAUAUGCCAAAUGAUGAUAUGCAAAGAGGAACCGGACCAACCAUCUACAGAAGAGGAAUCGCCAGCAAAAAACAAGAAGAAAGAUCCAUAUAAGGUCGAUAAAAAGUUUCUAUGGCCUCACGGCAUCACCCCUCCAACUAAGAAUAUACGCAAGCGCCGGUUCAGGAAAACUUUAAAGAAAAAGUAUGUAGAAGCUCCAGAAAUCGAAAAAGAAGUUAAGAGAUUACUGAGGGCUGAUAAUGAAGCUGUGAGUGUUACAUUCGAAGUUAUACAAGAGGAAGAAGACCAUCCUAAAACAGAACAGAGUGCGCCAGAAAAAGUUAAGCCUGAGAAGAAAAUGAAAGCUGAACGCAAUCCUAAAAGAGAAAGAGAAGUUGUGUCCCAUGCGAGUGCGUCAAACACAGAAUCAUCCAAUGUUGUUGAUAUAUUUGGAGGAAAUGUCAGUGAUUCUGACUUAGAAGAUGACAAUAUCAAUGUUGAGAUGGAGGAUAGUAGAAUGUCAGCGUAUGACAGCCGUCUCUCUGACACAAACUCUAUGCAUGGAGAAGGAUCAUCUAAGAGAGAUGCAAUGCCUACUCAGUUUAAGUCACACAUGUUCCAAUCACCUCAGGACAUGCCAAAGUCAUUUGCCGGUCACAGCCGAGCAACUACACCAGCUGCCUCUGGAAUGUCUAAAAGUGGAGGUUUGUCUUCUGAAGAUGACGGAGACUAUCAACCAAGAGAUAUGUCUAAAGAUAACAUGUCAUUAAGGAUCGAACAACUCAGGGCUGGGCUUGAGGAGCUGAAACAGCGAAGGCAGAGGACUCAGCAUGAGAUUGCAGGGAUGGAAAACCUGGCGUUGCGACAGAGAUUCCAAGACAUCCUGCAUACUUUGAAUCAGGACAUAAUGUACAAAGAGAUGGAGUAUCAAGGUCUAAUAACUCUACAAAAUUCUGAAGAUAUAUAG